ACGCGCUGCGUUACACGGAGCGGAGGGAGCGAGUGGAUAGAGAGAGAGCGAGGGACGGAGGGAGGCAGUGCAAGAUCCACACGGGCAUACCAAGUGACACCGCGUACCCCGUGCGAAGACUCUCACUAAAGCGCCGUCGGACCAAACUUGAUCGGGAUCGAGUUUGAUUAUUAUUAUUAUUGUUUUGCACGAGGCAAGCGGGGCUAUAGGAAUAAGAGGAAUGAACUUUUUGAGGCUGUGGGGUCGGAGGAAGAUGGGUUGCACCGUGUCGACGGAUGAGCACACGGGAGCGCAGAGCAGCUCGGAGGGGCAGUCGCAGCCUUCGCGCAAGCAGCAGCAGCCGGAGCAGCAGCAGCAGCAGCCGCAGCAGCAGCAUGCAGCAGGAGGAGAGGGUCACCAGCUACCUGGGCCACCACAAGCUCCAUCCGAGAGCCAGAGGCGGCUGGUUCGCGACUCGUGGCUGGCUCUGCAGGGUGACAUCGCGCGCGUUGGGGUCAUCAUGUUCGUGAGGCUGUUCGAAACCCAUCCCGAAUGCAAGGAUGUGUUUUAUCAGUUCCGAGAUUGCGAGGACCUCCAGAAACUGAAGAUGAACAAGCAACUGCAGGCACAUGGGCUGAGGGUGAUGUCGUUUAUCGAGAAAAGCGUGGCUCGGCUGGAGCAGGAGUGCGUGUUGGAACAGCUGAUCGUGGAGAUGGGCAGGAAACACUACAAGUACAACGCGUCCCCAAAAUACUACUCGUUUGUGGGCAUCGAAUUCAUCGCUACGGUUCAACCUUUCCUGCAGGAGAAGUGGACUAAUGAGGUAGAAGAUGCCUGGCAGUGUCUCUUCCGCUACAUUGCGGCCGUAAUGAAAAGAGGCUACCUGGAGGAAGAGGCGGCCAGCAAUGGAGUGAACACCGCCAACUACGACCGUGGCCAGGGAAACCAUGGGGCCACCGCAAUGUGACUCGUGAGCUGCUGCUGCUGCUUCUUCUUCUUCUUGACGGCUGAAGAUGCCGCUGUGAUGAGACUCCUAUUCGUCCUCCUAUCAACAAUUGAGUAGAGUUUCAGAUUUUAAAAAAAUUGAUCGUUUUCUCCCAAGUUGUUUUGUUUUUACACCCCCUCCCACCCCCCCAAUUGCGUUAUCGGUGUCAUGUCCCCUGCUUCUGGAAUUCUCGCAGAGCAGGGCACCGCGUGCGAGAGAACGGCAUGCAGGAAGAGAUUCGCAAAUGAGAUCCCAUCAAGCGGUGGCGAGACGCGAUAUGUUAUCUGGCACACUGAGAUCCCUGGAUGAAUUGCGCCUUAUAAAUGUAAAUGAUUACCUCCAUCGCCUGCUAUGCAGGAGGCCGUGGGUUCGACCCCGACCCUGACAAUGCCUGUACAGUAUAUUUGGAGUUUUCAUGUUCUCCAUAUAGUUGCGUGGAUUUUUCACCGGUUUUUCACUCCACAUUUAGAAACAGGUACUUAGAUUGUUUGGCUGUUUCCUUUGACAAUAUAUCGGUGAGUUGUACCUGCUAAAUAAAAUAGUUUAGUUUUCGCCACACGCAAGUUGGUGCUGCUCUUUCCCACAUGCCCUGUUUGUCACGUGGAAGUCAAAUCUAGAUAUUUUAUUUAUUUAUUUCACAGAUGAAAUUUUGAUCAAUUAUGUUUGAACCUAAUUUCAUUUGAUUGCAUCUUGUGCAGUGAUUGGUGACCAGGGUAAGCCUAGAAACCUUAUUACACUGGAUAACCUGAUUUGAUCAGUUUAACGCGCCGGCUUUCACGAUCAAUAUUAUCUAAAAUAAUUAUUUUGGGUUAGAUCACUUAAAUAUAAAUGUGUCAUUACACCCGCCACCACCCGACACAGCCAAUUUGUAAGGUUUGUCACAUAGACAGUUUUGUUUACGUAAAUAUGUUGUUUACGUGACAAAUCUUACUCAUUGGCUGUGUCGGGGUGAUUGCGGGUUUAACGACACAUUCAUAUUUACGCGCUCUAACCCAAAAAAGAAAAACCCUGAAUCAACCAUGGGCGACUGAAACCUGAUUUCCAACCCAGGAUCUUAGUGAUGCUGUCUCGUUGCUCUGACCUCCUAGCUACCUGACCACCUCCAUUAUUGGUCAUUAAAUGUAACCCAGGGUGGGUGGUCUGGCUUGUGUUUCUUAUUUUAUCAAUUAACAAUAAUCACGGUGUGACUCUCGUCCCGCAAUGCCGGCGGAUGUUGUGGAGAUCUGCAGGAAGGAACUGCUGCUGUGCGACAUUUAAAACGUCACUUAAAACUGUGCCCUUCCUGCAUAUUUAAACGUCGCGAUUCGUCGACGGGAUCUGUCAAGUGUACUCUUGUGUGAAAGUUAGUUUUGUUGGGCAUCAAACGUACACUUAUGUAUAUACAGCAUAAACUCUAAACGAAUCAUUUAAAUCCUACGAAUAAAAGAAUAUAUAGCAUUUUGUCAAUCCACUGCUGGACGAAGGCCUUCCAAUACCACGUGGGUCGUGGGGAUUGUAUGACUUGACUAAACCAUGCUGGUAAGUGCGUGUAGGUCAUGUCUUGGUGAGCAGAGGCCGAGAACAGUUCUGAUCUCGCCCACCACUGAUGCUAUCCGUGGUCAGGAAUUCAACCCAGGUCUACUGGGUUUAUAAAGCAGUGUGCUCACCACUGUACUACUGCUCUAUCCAAGAAUCAAUUAGCCAUAUAUCUGAAUGUGAAGAACAAAAAACACUCCAACCAUAGUUUAAGUUCAGUUGGCUUCCAGGCUGAGAUAACUCCAUUUGUUUGGUGAGACUUGGAUGAGAAGAAACCGAUACCAUUCACUGUAAGUGUGAAUACACCCGAGCACAUUCAUUACAGCUUUGGACACAAGUUAUCUUGUGUGCUCAAUGCGCAUUUUGUACAAUACCACAUCGUGCACGCGCGUGUGUAGGAAACUCUACCGCAGGAGUUGUUCAUCACUAUUUUUCAGAGGGGAGGCCACUUUCACCGAUAAGACAUCAAUGUGAGGGCCGCCACACAUUUGAAACCAUUGGUGGCUUGCAAGCCUUGCAUUGAAGAACACUGCUCUAGUGAGUUAUAACGUCAUGAACAACGACCAUUCCAGUGAAGGAUUUUCAUCCAGUGCAACCCUCGUAGUUAAAUAGCGCUCACAGCCGCCGACGACAACAACAAUUGACCUUUACCACGUGCUAGCCCCACGCUGUUCCGCUCAGCUGGCAAAACGGUUGCAAUCGUUAUUGGCUCAUGAACAAAGGGCACUGAUUAAAAGUGCAUAAUGAUCUUCAGUCCUGAUAAUAUAAAUGAUCGCAGUGUGUGUAUUGGAGCUUUCAAAUACCACACUGGGUGAGUCCUACCUGCUGCAGUAUCUAUAUAUGCGGUGUGUCUAAUGUAAACAAGUACUAGAACAUUAAAGAGGAGAAAACACCCAAUUUUACAUGUACAAAUAAACAGAUUUUUUUUCUCAGUUCCAGUGGCCUAUAGGCUUUCCACGCCAAUGUUUUCCAACAGCAAUGUUGUUACAGCAACAAACGUGUUACCAGCGUUGACUUUCUGAGUCUCAUCAGAUUUGCUGACCCCAGUAUUUGUGACCAUCCCGAAGGCUUCGUUCGUCUCUUCGGUGGCCAGCGGUGCCAGUGGAGCAUUUCCCGGUCGUGGCUCCUUCGCACACCGGGUGCUUCACGAGCCUUGUCUCUUGCGAUGCUCCCCGGCUGUGGAACGAGCACAUUGCCCCAGGAACGAGCACCUUGCCCCAGGGUGGUCAAUGGCGGUGUUUGGAAGCCCACCUCGAGAUGCAAUUCCAUUCUCUCUUUGCUUUCGGUUCUCACAAUUAGCUCCUCUACUUCUUAAGUUUGCUCUCCCCCCUUUGCCAACAUGUUAUUUAUUUAUGUGGCAUGUACAGCGCCUUGUGUAUCUUGUAGAAGGUGCUUUAUACAUGUACUUUAUUAUUAUCAGCAGGAAAGCUGUAAAUAUUAGUCCUGAAUUCCUCCUCACGGUUGUGUAUCAUUGCGCAUCGCGAGAUUAUCUAUACGAGUACUAAACGCAUCUAACAAUGUUUAGUGGGCCCGACGAGUCGCAGACGUACUUCUUCGAGGCAACACAUUUAUUACACCAACACGAAUACACAAAGAGAAGCUGCCCCUUUACCAGAUAACAGCCUCGGGUGGUGGACCACCCGGCUAACUACACCAACACACUGGGACCAGACCCUGGCUCGGGUCCGAGACCACGUGUUGGAAACUCUUCUCUACGUAGAACGUAGAUCUUCAGAUGAUGGUAGCAAUGCAGAACCCCAGUCCUUGCCGGGGACCCCGCUUAUAUGCUCCUGGGCCGGCCCCGCCCUUGGCUCCGCCCACCUUCGAGAGAGAGUUCUGGCGCUCUCUCUCGACUCUUCUUGAGACAACUUUGCCAGACACGUGACCACACCUUAGCCCCCACCUGGGGCCCCCCCUGUACACUUUACCGGUCACGUGCCUUCGGGGUCAACCAGAGUGCCAUGGCCCAGGGUAACAACCCUGUCCCUGGGCUGACACUCUCCCGCUCCCUCCGAUGGGAGCCCGCACUGCGUGUCACGCGUGGUGCCACUGCGCUAUCCCAGCGCUCACCAAGCCCUCACCAGGGCUGGUACUACACCCACCCACGGGUGUACGCGGUGACGGUGCAUCGCACGCCGUGCCUUGCUGGAGCCGGCAUUGCUCGGUGACAUGCACGAUGCUGCCGCAUCCGUGAUGUACAUCGCACGCCAUGCCCCUCUUGGGCUGGCACCAUAGAGUGACUUUCUUGAUGUCACUACAAAUGUAAUCCAUCCACAGCACUAAACACGAGUCUUCAGGUGUGUUUGGCAACACGUACCUCUUGCUAAUCACAACCGGUGUUGACAACCUCCAGCGGCACUCGAUCAUUUCUAACAAUUAAUUAGCUUUGCAAUUUGCAAAGGGGUGCAGUCCACGAGUGGAUGGCAAUGGAAACGAAGCAUAUCCACCCUUUGAUUUUUCUUGUCAACUGCACAAUGAUGCUUACGUUAACCAAAAAUAAUAGUGACGUCGGCCCUUUGUAGAUGCACCACCCGAUGAAUCCCACCCACGUGCCGGGCUCGUCAUGUGGAGGUUGUUUCAACAAAUUUGACCAUCGUGGUCUGUGCGGGUUGGUGAAGGGUGGAUGGCCCAUGACUGAUUACGAUACCACUCACGUGUGUUGUACAGACAUAAUUAGCGUUCUCACGCGAUUGAUGUAGAAGAGAAAAUUGGCCUGAAAGUGAUCUCCUCUGGAGAAUGCUGCAUUGGCUGUGGUUGUUUAUCAAAUGAUUUCUUGUUUUCGUGCCUAUUUGCGGCGAAAUUAAUUCUUCAGGAUUGUAGCCGAUUGAUUUCCUUCAGAAAACCGUUAACACACUUGUGCGUAGGUUCAAUUGAGGUCAAUAGUAGGGAAAUGGCAUUCGUUAACAUCUUAUUUUAACAUACGAUAAAUAUAAAGUAACCUGUCUACUGGAUGAUGAACCAGCUCAUUGUAUAUCUAUUGAGUGUAUCGACGAGCUUACAUAAUUGUGAAUGUCAAUUAUUUUCUAUGAUUUGGACAGGUGACAAACGUAAGUGUUUCGCCAAGAAAUGUUUCGGGCAUGGACGACUUCGCUCAGCCUCUCGUAGCAGACACCCAAUGCCCAUGUUUACCACUGCAACGUGUCACAUGAGCAGUGUGUCAGCAGUAAAUUACAUUUCAGUGGAAUUGGGCCAUGCGAGCAAAUGCAAAGCAACAAUGUGUCCCCUUUUGAAGUGUGGACACUUAUAUUGCACUUGCUGUUUGCAAAUCACUUUACUUCCACUGUUACGGGAGCUACCCGGGGGUUGAACGUGCCCUGGGAAAUCCUGCAUUCCAUUUAGAAAUUACGUUCUGCUUAGGUCUCAGCAGAACUCUACUCAACACAAUUUAUGGUUUUUUUUUUAGACAACUAGCAGCCGGCACGACCUUCGGACGUGUCCACACAUCCCUCGCUAACUCCCACCCGCCAGUCAACGUUUCUCUAACGUAUACUCUUAGUUUUUUCGGUAAAGUCACGUAGGUAAAAAAAAUGAAAGAAAAAUUAAUAAAAAUAAAAUAAUUUUAAUUUUUUUACCUACUUGACUUUACCGAAAAAAUUCAGAUUAUGAAUCUUUGCAGUCACGAAAGCUUCAAAUCUAGAAUUCUCUAACGUAGUUUGUAUGAUAUCGGGGUGGAGGGUGGGGUGGAAGUAUGACGUCGGGACGCACGGACCUGGCCCAACGCUGUGGGAUGCGGAUGACGUCAUCGCGUCCAUGUGCUCGGUGAGGUCACCACCGCGUGAUUUGCCCGCCCGUGAGCACGCCAGCCAGCAAAACUUUUUUUCUUCUUCUAAUGUAGUAUGAAGGUGUACAAAAUGAAAUGGUGUGUAUCCAUGCUUCCAUCUAAAGUUUAUUCAACAUCUGUGAUGUGCGAUUUUACAAAUGUCAUAUUAAUAUUUAAUUAAAUCCUAAACGCAUGGGCGUUUAGGGUUUAAUUAAAAACAAAAAGGCACGUUCUUUUUCUCAUUUGAGCAAACGUAAUGUAUUUAAUGGAGCCGUUAAACGUCCUCUGUCAUAGCUAAAUUUUUCUGCUUUGUAAAAAUAAAACAACUUUUCUUUACUUAAAAUUGAAUGUAUAGCUGUAUAAUUGUUUUUUCAAUACAUCAAGCUACCAAUUAAUAAAAGCGUCUGUUUUCCAUUGGAUACAAAAAACAUAUUUUAGCCUGCUAUUUUAGGUUUUUAUCCAUUGCUUUGCCUUGUGUUGUCUACUGUAGUGUACAGUUUUUGUUUAUUCCAACAAAUCUGCACACAGUCGUAAACGAUUAGUGGUGGAACGAUUCGUCCUCCACCCCCAGUGAUUUGUUGAACUAUCCCGAUUCAUGCUCGAAAUUCUAUUCAAUAACCAUAAUUGUUUUGCAAUGAACGGUAACGCCACUAGUGGCUGCAGGGGUCAUUUGAAACCAUUACAUGCAAGACAUAUAAACUGAAAAAUAGACAUUCCUAUGGGCGCGAUUGAAUGCACGUAGCUUCCAAAUCGGAUUGUUUUUGUUUACGAAUCAAUGCAUCUUUAAACCUCUGGUUACAACACACACACCACGACUUUUUUACCGGCUUAAAUAUCAGUUUAUUAAGUGGUAAAUAAAACACAAUAUUGUUGGUACGGUUCCUGUGAUGGUCUGAGCUGGUAAAUCACUUUUGUGCGGGGGUCUCGUCUGUAUAAAAGUGUUGGGAGAUUCAUCUGAAACGCAAGAGCAACAAGUCGUAUUGCUUUAAUGACUGAACAGAAAUAUGAGCACCCACAUGAAAGAGCUUCAUGCCAUUAAUUUUUUUGGAACAAAAAAAAAAUGCACUUUGAUGUGCAAGCCUGCGAUAAUAGUACAUUCCAAAAGCAUUUUGAGUUGGCCUAAGUGAAUGCAUUGUGUCCACCCACUUUCAUCUCCUGCUGCUCGCAUGACACCGGGAGACGCUGAUGAGGUGCUCGUGCCACGAGCCACUAUUAUACCUCCCGGAACAUUAGCCGCGCUGGUGCAUUGUGCGCGAAAUAAGUCAAUAUCUCAGGCGCGACUAAUUGCACGUGUAAAGAGAGCGUGUUCUUAACGCCCAUCUGCACGCCGUUCUUGGUUAUUGAGUUCCUUAACAUUUUAGCUCGAUUAAUGCGUUUAGAAUUCGUUGCUUUCUUCGUUUUCCAUUUUCUGUUUGGUUUGGUAAAACGAUUUAACCAUUUGGUUUGUAUUUUGCUAAAUCGGUGUUGUUUUGUUGUUACGGCUGCCGACUCAUGCAUGCACGUGUACUUUGUUGUACUGCUAUUUUUCCUGUCCGCGUUAUUUAUCGUUCGCACCGAUUCGAGUGACUGCACAUACUUUGCUGCAGGCAUCUGCUCUCGCUCCCCCACAACACCUGGUGCCCACGUAGUCUUUUUGUUGGCUCACAACAGCGGAAUCUCACAGCCUCCCUGUUCCCCCAGGCCCCCCUCAAGGUUAGUGACCCCGGCGUGAGUCUUUGAACUCGAGGUCAUGACUCAAUGGUGUUUGGGUCAGUGCCCCGUUUGGGCGAAACGUGCCUUUGAGUCGCUCUGAAAUAAAAAAUAAAAUCACUACAAGCAAAUUGUUGCUGGGAAAGCUAAUAGGCUCCGAAUAAAUAAAUACAAACCUCAAGUUGCAUGUAAUCUCUGUCAACAAGUACUGCCCUAGCAAUGAAAAAUUACACUCGCAAAAAAUCGUGUGAUGUUUGGGGAAUUAUUUCUCUUGUUUGGUGCCGUCCAUUUGUGCUGUUUUAAGAUGCCUGCCAUUUUUCAAGUGCCUUACAUUUAGGCUUGCCGUCUGAACUUUGGUGACUUUCGUGAUAUUCCACGACCUGAUCAGGCAACUGAGUUAUGGGCAUACAACAUAUUAAAUGGACAACCUUCAUUCCUGAGUUUAUUAAGUAAUUUGUCAUUCGCUAAACGGCAUUAGUUUCAGAGUAAAGGCGCAAAUGAGCCAAUGAUCUAAUUUCAUUCUAUAAAUAUAUUAUAGAAAUUUUGUCAUGUAACAAAUUGCUUUUAGUUAAUCGUUACAUUUGCGUGUAAAAAACAAGGUAUUAUUCAACACAAUAUUUUGGGCAAGAAUAUAAAUCAUGUAAUCAUACACACUUUCUAACAUUGGUGAGUGGUGGUAUCCAGUGUAUUACUGUUGCAGAAUGUAAAUAGUGCGCACACUAACACACUCCACCACCGUGUGUGUGAUUUUAAAAAGGGAGCAUUAACGGGAGGGCGAGUUGAUUAACCCUAUUUUCCUGCCAUUACACUAAUACAAACUCCGUGCAUUGUUUCAGCUUUAAUGAGAACCGCUAAGCAGAUUUCAAUAAAUACAAACUCUUGGUGGCCUAUUUUAGUGCUAUGCUAAUGUAAAAAAAACACAUACAAAUAUUGUACAAAGUCAAAUGUGUAAUAUGUGCAUGCACGUGUAUGUUUUUUCCCCUUGAGUUCAAUUGAAAACAGAUGUGUACAUUUGUUCUUGUGUUCGCUUUUAUGUUAAAAAUCUGAAUGCCAUCUUCAGAAUGACUGUGAUUUG